AGCGCACCUAGCGAAAAUGACUGAAACUACAACCGAAGCCGCUGCUCCAACAACCCCGGCGACACCCAAGGCGAAGAAGGGUAAAGGCGCUGCAUCAACCGGCGCCAAGAAGCCAAAGACGGCACCUUCUCAUCCGCCCGUUUCCCAGAUGGUGACGGCUGCGAUUAAGUCACUCAAGGAGAGAGGCGGGUCUUCGACCCAGGCGAUCAAGAAAUACAUCAGUUCGACCUACAAGAUCGAUGCGGAGAAGAAGUCUCACUUCAUCAAAAAGUACCUAGUAUCUGCCGUUGCUUCCGGAUCUCUCGUCCAGACCAAAGGCAAAGGCGCAUCAGGAUCUUUUAAACUCGCCGGUGCAGGAGGUGAAGGAAAGAAAGUAGCCACCACUAAGAAGGCCCCCGCCAAGCCGUCCGUUGCUAGCAAAUCCAAGUCCCCUAAGGCCAAACCUGCAACAACGAAGAAGGCCGCUGCAGCAUCUAAGGCUAAGAAGACCAAGAAACCUCCAACUGCCGCAAAGACUCCCAAGCCCAAGGUAGCCAAGGCGAAACCCGCUACGACACCCAAGGCGAAGAAGGCUCCAGCGAAAAAGGCACCAGCCAAGAAGCCAGCGGCUAAGAAGGCUUCACCGAAGAAGAAGUAGGUCGUUUUCCCUAACCGCUGCCUCCUCAAGGAGUGGUGAUUUUAAACGGCUCUUUUCAGAGCCACUAAAUGUGAUACCUUUCUGUCGACACAUGCUAACGCAACCUUUUUUGUGUCCCACGUCCUCACCGUUUUAUCUAUUCUGGUAAUUUAAUGUUAGCUACUCAUUCAUUACAAAAGUAUAUAUCAAUCAGGACUAAACU